AUGGUCAAGCAGCUGGCCAAAAAUAAUUUUGACCUCAAACAGGAACUGGCCAAAAUCUCUCGGGAGCACUCCGACGACCUCAGGGAGAAGGAUAAAAAGAUUGCCGCGCUAAUCACCCGUCGAGAGGAGGAGGUGAAGGCAACCGAGUGUGUGACGGUGGGCGAUGGCGCGGUUGGAAAGACAUGUCUCUUGAUUUCUUACACCAGCAAUACCUUCCCCACGGACUAUGUGCCCACGGUAUUUGAUAACUUCAGUGCGAAUGUGGUCGUAAAUGGAGCGACCGUAAACUUAGGCCUGUGGGAUACUGCUGGACAGGAGGACUAUAACAGAUUAAGACCUUUGAGUUACCGAGGAGCUGAUGUUUUCAUUUUGGCAUUCUCACUCAUCAGCAAGGCUAGCUAUGAAAAUGUCUCCAAGAAGUGGAUUCCAGAACUGAAGCAUUAUGCACCUGGUGUCCCUAUUGUUCUGGUUGGCACAAAACUUGAUCUUCGGGAUGACAAGCAGUUCUUCCUUGACCAUCCAGGUGCCAUACCAAUCACUGCAGCACAGGGGGAGGAGUUAAGGAAAUUGAUUGGGGCUCCAUCUUACAUUGAAUGUAGUUCGAAAACACAGGAGAAUGUCAAAGCAGUUUUUGAUGCGGCAAUAAAAGUUGUUCUUCAGCCACCCAAACAAAAGAAGAAGAAAGGCAAGGCUCAAAAAGCCUGCUCCAUUCUCACUUUCUUUAAGGAAUUCCACGAAGGCCUUGCUCGAACGAUCAGAUGCUUGCUAAAAGAAGACGGUCCCUCUGAGGCUAUACUUUUUAGCCCCCAAAGAGGGGAUUCAUUGGAAAAGUUUAUGGUGGAAGUUAAGGAUAGUGGGCUCCACAUCACCAUAACCGAGACCUAUGAUACAGAAGUUUGGGCUCGGCAUAUAAAAUACAGCGAUGGUGAUCAGUCGUGGCCCAACUACGAGUCGAACCACUGUUACCCUUUAUUGAUUAGCAUUACACGGUAA